ACCAAUCAGAUAUUCUUCUAAGUUCCAAGCACACUCUGUGUGCCGAUCUCACUCUCGUUUUCGCUUCAUUUGUCGAUCUAAGAGCUUAGUCGACUGAAGAUCUGCAAAAAUGGCGUUAGCGUUCGAUGAAUAUGGAAGGCCGUUCAUAAUACUGAGGGAACAAGAAAGUAAGACUAGGUUAAGGGGUUUAGAUGCUCAGAAGGCUAAUAUCGCCGCCGGCGUUGCCGUUUCUCGCAUCCUCCGGACAUCUCUUGGUCCUAAAGGAAUGGACAAGAUGCUCCAGAGUCCCGACGGCGACAUCACUAUCACAAAUGAUGGCGCAACGAUCUUGGAGCAGAUGGAUGUUGACAAUCAAAUUGGAAAACUUAUGGUUGAACUAUCACGUAGUCAAGACUAUGAGAUUGGCGAUGGAACAACCGGUGUAGUUGUUCUGGCUGGUGCACUUUUAGAACAAGCAGAGAAGCUUCUGGAACGUGGAAUCCAUCCCAUCCGAGUUGCAGAAGGAUUCGAGAUAUCAUCAAGGAUUGCUGUUGAUCAUUUAGAACAAAUAGCUCAUAAGUUUGAUUUCAAUGCCACAAACAUAGAACCUUUGGUUCAAACUUGCAUGACCACCUUAUCCUCCAAAAUUGUGAAUCGUUGCAAGCGAAGUUUGGCUGAGAUUGCUGUAAAGGCAGUCAUGGCUGUUGCUGAUUUAGAGAGGAAAGAUGUUAACCUAGACCUUAUUAAAGUGGAGGGGAAAGUAGGUGGGAAACUGGAAGAUACAGAACUCAUCUAUGGAAUCAUUGUCGACAAAGAUAUGAGUCACCCACAAAUGCCAAAGCAAAUUGAAGAUGCCAAAAUUGCCAUCUUGACUUGCCCAUUUGAACCCCCAAAGCCCAAGACCAAACAUAAGGUUGACAUUGACACUGUUGAGAAGUUUCAAACCUUACGUAAGCAAGAACAAAAAUACUUUGAUGACAUGGUUCAAAGAUGCAAGGAUGUUGGGGCUACAUUGGUAAUUUGCCAAUGGGGAUUUGAUGACGAAGCAAAUCACUUGCUAAUGCACAGAAACUUGCCUGCUGUGAGAUGGGUUGGUGGUGUAGAACUUGAGCUUAUAGCAAUAGCAACUGGUGGUAGAAUUGUUCCCAGGUUCCAAGAACUAACAACUGAAAAACUAGGAAAGGCUGGUUUGGUUAGAGAAAAGGCGUUUGGUACCACAAAGGAUCGUAUGCUUUAUAUUGAGCAUUGUGCAAACUCAAGGGCUGUAACUGUAUUUAUCCGUGGUGGUAACAAAAUGAUGAUAGAGGAGACAAAGCGCAGCAUUCAUGAUGCAUUAUGUGUUGCUAGAAAUCUGAUCCGUAACAACUCCAUUGUAUAUGGUGGUGGGGCAGCUGAAAUUUCAUGUUCAAUUGCAGUAGAAGCUGCUGCUGAUAAAUAUCCUGGUGUUGAACAGUAUGCGAUCCGGGCUUUUGCGGAUGCGUUGGAUUCUGUUCCCAUGGCUCUUGCGGAGAAUAGUGGUUUGAGUUGCAUUGAAACACUAUCAGCAGUGAAAGCACAACAAAUUAAGGAGAACAAUCCUUGCUGUGGUAUUGAUUGUAAUGACACGGGGACAAAUGAUAUGCGUGAGCAGAAUGUGUUUGAAACCUUGAUUGGGAAGCAACAGCAGAUGUUGCUUGCGACACAAGUUGUGAAGAUGAUUUUGAAGAUCGAUGAUGUCAUCUCUCCAUCUGAGUAUUGAGAUAUGAUAUAUGGAGGUAUUAUGAUUAUUAUUAUGAUGUAGCUUUUGAAAUUUUGGUCCAUGUUAUGUAGAACAUUGCAAACUGAUUUUAUUUGGUUUGAUUGGAGAACUUUUUUCAUGCAUUUUGGUUUUGUAGUGUGUUAUGUUUUGAGAAACAAAAAGUACACGUUUUACUUGCUGUUUAAGCAACAACUUUUGAGGAGGGUUUGUAUUGUCAAGAUCAUCAUGGUUUUCGUGUGCUAAA